AUGGAUAAUUCAAGUUGGUUAGAAUAUGUUAGUGAUCAUCCGGUUUUUUAUUCUGACAGUGUAAAAUUAUCAGGAGAUACAAUAGGAUUGGAGAAUUAUGGAAAACCAAAAAGAAAACAAUCAUGUAUAGCUAUUGAGGGAAAUAAUCUUAUAUUAGCUGUAGGAUCUGAAAUAAGAAUAUUAAAUUUAUUGGAGUUUAAAGAUGCUUGGCAAUAUGCAAAUGAAAAUGAUGAACUGCAUGAAAUGAUGUACAAUAUAUCUAAUGAUUGUAAUGAGCCAGAACAGAAAUUUUGUUUCAGUGAAAAUCCAGAAAAAACUUUUUCUUUUGGUGCUGAAAUACCAAAAGCAGUUUCUUUUUGUUUUGGUCAAGGUGAUAAAGGCUGGUCUAAUUUUACUGUAUAUGUUUUAUUUGAUAAUGGAGAUGUUUAUGCAAUGUGUCCAAUAGUACCAAAAAAUUGUAGAAUAUUUAUCGAGCAACUAAGUUGCAUAAUUUUUAAAAAAUAUCAAGAGGCUGAAAAACGGUUACCAUCUAAUUCAAAUCUUCAUAUGUAUGAUUAUUUGUAUAAUCAAUAUCAUUUGCAAUACAGAUGGAUUUGUGAUGUGUCUCAACAAAUUAGACCAUUUUCAAUGAGACCAAAUCCUUUGGAACUAUCACAUCAUCCUUUUGAUGCAAGUGACAUAAUCUAUUUAAAUACUCAACCCACUAGUGUAAUUGUUAUAGCUUCUAGUAAUGGUAGAUUAGAUAUCUUUCUUGAAGUUGAUAAAAUUGAAGCAUUUUGGAAAAUUCAGGGAUUAAACGAACUCAUUGACUCUCCAGUUCUUUUAUUAUAUGAAAGUAUUGAUUUAGGAUUUAUUAAAAGUUUUGUUACACCAACUUCAAAUAGUCCCUUCUCAAGUAAAAUUACAACUUCAUUAAAUCAUCCAGUUCUAUUAGAAGACCCUCAAUACAAAGACAUGUUUUAUGUGUGUAAUUUUGCAGGUGUUCAUGCAAUUCGACUUGGUUUAAUGAUAGUUGAUAAUGCUCAUCUAGGAUAUUUGGUUCUGAUAUUAACUUCCACGCUGCAACUAAAAGGAUUUCCUUUAGAGAGUAGAACCACACCAAUUAAAUUGUCAAUUGAUGAUGUUACUCGUUUGAAAAGUAUGGGAUUUCCCGAAACAGAUAAACUAGAGUUUCCAAUCAAACUACAAGAAGUUCUAACUUCUCAAGGAUUAACUCGUCAACCAAUUCUUUUGUCACAAAUUGGCAAUAAACAAUCAUCCAAAGAAUUUGAUAGGGUUAAUAGUGAAUUGAUAAGAGGAAUUUCGUUAACAAUUGUUAAUGAAAUAAUACCAAUUAAAUCUUCUGCUCACAUAUUAAUUAAUAGAAUAAAAUUACAAUUUCAAAUGAUAAAACAUCAAGCAGAUCUUUUACAGGAUCUUAAAAAUACCAUGGAAGAGAAUAAACAUGUUAAUUCAGAAUUGGAUGAUCGUGUAAAUAAAAUCAAACAAAAACAUUCUUUUCUAGAAAGUAAAGCCAAUCAAAUUCUUCAAAAAAGAAUAAUUCAAUCGAAUCCAAUUCUCGGAGAAUUUGAAAAUGAGUAUUUUGAUAUGUUAAAUCGAGUUCAAGAAGAUUUAAAUGAUGAAAAUGGUUUAAAAGCUAAAGUAAAACAGAUACAAUCACGGCACUCAAAACUUCAAUUACACAAAGUUGAGACUGCUUUAGACAAAGAGAUGGAACUUAUUGAAGAAGCAACAAGUAAAAUCCAUGUAGCACAAGAAAAACUAAAAAAUUUGAAUUUGGAUAAUAUUUCCAUAAAAGAGUAA